UUCACUCAGCAACAAACAAACAUCAUGAGAUACGGGUUAACUCUUCUGCUGACAACUAUAGUUGCAGUCCUAGCUGAUGAUUUAGUUGUACUAAAACAAGGAAAUCUCAAAGGGCAUCGGAUGACGUCAUGGAAGGGCCGUGAGAUAUUUGCUUUUCAAGGAAUUCCUUAUGCCAAACCACCAGUAAGGGAGUUGAGAUUCAAGUCUCCACAGCCUGCAGAACCAUGGACCGGUGUGCUGGACGCUACCAAGGAAGCCCCUGUGUGUGUCCAGCGAGGGUUCCUCCCCAGCGAUAUAGAAGUCAGAGGACAAGAAGACUGCCUCUACCUCAACGUCUACACACCACGGAUCCCGAAGAGCGAUGCGGAGGCAGCGCCACUUGAUGUUAUGGUUUGGAUCCAUGGUGGAGGUUGGUUUACAGGAUCCGGAAACACGGACUUGUAUGGACCGCAGUAUCUCCUGGACAGAGAUAUUAUCCUAGUGACAAUCAACUAUCGUCUUGGGUCAAUAGGUUUCCUGAGUACGGAAGAUGCAGAGUGUCCGGGUAAUAACGGAAUGAAAGACCAGGUGGCAGCACUGCGCUGGGUACGUGACAACAUCGCAUCGUUCGGUGGAAACCCGAACAGCGUGACGAUAUUCGGUGAAAGUGCUGGAGGUGGCAGCACUCACUUUCACAUGUUGUCACCUGCAAGCAAAGGUUUAUUCCAACGCGCUAUCUCCCAGAGCGGCGUUGCUUCAAGCCCCUGGGUACUUACACCUCCAGGAAGACCGAAGUUACUGGCAGCAUUAGUGGCAAGUGUGUUUAACUGUCCCGUUCAGCCGAGCUCCGAGCUGAUCUCCUGCCUCAGAAAACAGGAUGCCUACAAGUUAUACGGAGCGGAAUUUUCGAUUCCAUCUUCGACAAUUCCCCCUGUGGCGUUCAUUCCUGUAAUUGAGACCCAGGUGGGGGAGGGAGAUGAAGUAUUUAUCAAUGACUAUCCGAUGAAGAUGCUUCUCAGCGAUGACCUGGAACUCGUGCCUUGGAUGGUGGGAAUUACAUCAAGAGAAGGAGGAAUUUUAUCAAAGUUGCUACUUGGACCAGACGAAUCGAAGGUUAAACUGGAGGAUAGUCAUGUGAUAACUAUGUUACUCGAGAAUCCCGAAGACAAGCAACUCGUCAAGGAGGUGGCCCAGAGGAUCCAGAAAUUCUACUUCGGAGACGAACGAAUUACUUAUGCUCCAGAUUCCGGUAUAACUGAUAUGCUCACUGAUAUAUUCUUCUUGACUGGGACGAACUUAGCAGCGAGACUACACUCUAAGAGAGGGGCGCAAGUCUAUUACUACCUAUUUGAUUACCGCGGUACCAACAGCUUCAGUACUGUACUAUUGAAUUCUACUGCUGAUUAUGGCCCUGUUCAUCUCGACGACGUGCUGUACCUGUUCCCCCAGGAUUUCAUAUUUCGCAAUUCUAAACUGACAGCAGAGGAUGAACGCAUGGUGGAGACAAUGACAAAGUUAUGGACAAACUUCGCUCGCAAUGGGAAACCAGCACCCACAUGGAAGCCCGUUUCUUCGCCUGAUGUGCUCGAUUACAUUCGGAUCGCUCACGAUGGGCUGCACCCAAGUCAAGGGCCUCUGAAAGAACGCAGUGAAUUCUGGGACACUUUACCUGUCAAAACCUGAUACUCACUGGCUUCAGACAAGGACGAACUCUAGCGGCUGUCGUACUAUGCAUCUCUGCUGUUCAAGUUAUGGAGGAACUGCUAAGAUAAACGAUUUUCUUUUGGAAAUAUGAUUAUAUUCCAAGUCUUUUAGGUUCAAUUUCCUGUUUGUAUGUAAAAGAGAUUUUUUCCAAAGGAUUUGAAUAUCACUUAUGCUUUUAAAUAAUGCUUUACGCUGUUAAGAGUGCACAUAAUUUUCGCUACUAAGGUGUUAUUUUGCUACUGUAUAAAGCAAUCAGAAUGUCACACAACCAAUUAGAAGAAGGAUUAUGAAUUGCUUCAGAUUUAUUGAAGGAAACGAAACAGAGACAUCCGUGUAUGUAACUUCAGCUACUAAUCGUAGUUGUAACAGCUCUCCCCAAAGCUGCUGUAGUUGUGUGUGGAGAACGUCUGCUUCAUAAACAGAGCUUGUAUUUGUUGUCAAUCAUUGCAAAGUGAAACUUUCUUACGUAGCUGGACAGAUUUUAUACAUGAACUUCCAGAUUCUCCAUUUCCGGACAAAUCGGCAGAACUUCAUAUGAUAAAGGCCUCCGUGGCCGUGAAGUGCAUCCGGUAUAGCUCUGUAGUUAUAUGAAAGCUCACAAGA